CCCUGUGGCUAAAUGCUUUAGUGACUUAUCCAACCUUUACUUCGUCUUGUUAAUCAUUUAGCAAAACACGUACGGGAGUUAUACUUUUCAAGGAAAAUAUCGAUAUCUCGAUGCUAAAUGAUCAGUUUAGGUAUCGGAAUCGACAAAAUCGGAAAAAUCGAAAUAGGGGAUACAGUGUUUGAGAGACCGCCUGAACUUGGGCGUUAUUCGCCUUAUAAUUGCAUCGUAGAAGUUCUCUAAGUGGGAUCAUAACGACGUACGGGCAAAUGUUCGUGAUUGGAGUACUGGCAGUUUUCAUUCUCGUCCCAAAUGUGGCAUCGUUACCAGUACAAGCCCCUGUGCCGCCACUACUUAACAAACUUUUAAAAGACCAGAAUGUCACACUGGGAUUCAUCCUUAAGGGUCUACAAGGUCCUCCUGGUUUGAACGGUCAAGCAGGUACUUCCGGUGCGCCCGGUAUGCCCGGACCUCCGGGUUUCAAGGGAGACCCGGGUAUGCCCGGUCUCCCUGGUCCUCCAGGUUUUCCUGGCGCACCUGGUUUCCAGGGCCCUCCUGGUCUCGACGGAAUGCCUGGUGCCCCUGGCAUGCCUGGCCCUCAAGGUUACCCUGGUGGUAGUGGUGCGCCUGGUAUACCAGGUAGCCCUGGUAUGCCUGGUCCUCCUGGUCCUGCUGGCCCAACACCCAUCAGAUAUAACGGCACAGUAAAAUGUGAAGAGGACACCGCAUGGCUUCGUUGCAACGAGUACAAACACAUCAGCAUCAUUUCUGCCUUCUGGGGAAGAAGAAACUUCGGCCUUUGCACAGAACACACCGGUUCUCUUGUAUAUGAGAAGUACUGCCCCACGACGCCUCUCUUUCUGACCAAAGUAAAAGACGCCUGUGAAGGAACGACGAUGUGCGAGAUCAAAUGCACGAAGUUCUUCUUCAACGACAAAACGUGUACCGACACUUACAAGUAUCUCGAAGUUUACUACAAGUGUAUCGAGGUCAUCAACGGUCACGAAGUUGUCAACGAGGAUAACUUACUCAACGCUAACUUCUUGGGUUAGAGUAGUUUAUAAACAAGAACUUUCCUGUUCAUUUCAGGGUUUGUACUAAUGUAUAAUUUCACUUUGGCUGGGAAAAAAAUCAAACACAACACAACGUCGUAUGAAGCGACCCUUUGAAAAGGGCGCCGACUUUGAAAAAUCCGGGCGCCGACGCAGUUUCGUAUUAAAUUCAUUCACACAAUAAACAGAUCGCGCAGUAUGAGAAAGACUGAAUUUGGUCAGAUGUAAGAUACAAGAAAUAGAGGGCUGUAUAGUUCGACACAAAGUACCUUCUGCACUGAACAGAGUGGCCUAUCCAUUUUGUUGGAUGUAGAAGAGGUUUUUCUUUGAGAUUUUUCAUUAGAAUAAAUGCGAAAGGCAAUUCUCUCUGUAUAGGGCCGUUGACGUAUAUCGAAAAAUUCGUUCUGAAUUAGCUUUACAAACAGACGUGUUAUAAAUGUUGUAGAAUGGAGAAGUUGUAUCACUCUUGACAUACAAACAAAAUGAAUCAACAGCUCAGUCUGAGCGAAUCUUUCUGUUAUGACAGAACGACUUGCUUUGUACCUUAAGUCUUAUAUGUAAAUAAACCGAUAAACGCAAGGUUUAGCGAGCGACCGGAUCUCUUUGUCUGGUCACCUGAUUAUAAGUAAAGUCAUCGACUCAAUAUAAUGUUUAUUUGAAGGUAGUCUACAGUUUCUAUUGGUUGGAUCUCGUUAUACGGGAGAAGCACCGAAUAAAAUUGUUUGAAAUUUA